CCUGCCUCGGCCUUGAUUACUCCAUCAUCGCUUGCUGGUUCUGACAUAGAAAAUGCUAGCCUUCUUCAAUGGUGGAAUGCGGUCCAUCACAAUCUGCUCCAAAUGCGGCAAUAGUGAUGCCGUAAACUUGACUGUUCGCGUCUUCGUUCGCUUCGUGCAGAUGGGAAAUGACACGAGCUCGACGGUUAUAAGGUGGACGCUCUUCACUAGUCUCCUCUACCAUCUCCCUGCCUACGUACUCGGCCAUGAAUCGUCGAACGUCGUUCUUCCGUCGCGCGCCCUCCACCACUUCAUCGGGAAAGGCUAAGGAGCCAGCGUCCACCGCCAACAGUUCUUCGGAAGGCAAAGCCAAGGACUCUUCGGCACCCAGCCCACCAUCAACGUCACCUGCUGCGACUGCAAAUAUCUUCAGCCUUCUCACUGAUCAAGUCAAGAAAGGGAUUCACGCGGUGGAUACGUCUAGCUUUGCUGCUGUCGUGGAUGCCAUCAGAAACACAGAGUCCAUCGAUGAUAGAGCUCUCGCGCUUGAGCAUGCGUUGACCUUCAUCUCGCGACUGCCCGAGGGCAAGUUCGCCACCGGCCUUGAUAACAAAGCCGUUCAACUUCUGUACAACGACUUGUCGCACCCGAACUCCACCAGCGUCGGCGACAAGUAUGCUUGGCGAACGGCUGAUGGAUCCCACAACAAUGUCAAUCUCCCGCAAAUGGGCGCGGCGGGGACGCCGUACGCGAGGAGUGUUCAACAGAGCCAUCCCCUCCCCAAGCACGCUCUUCCAGAUCCUGGUCUGAUCUUCGACACGCUCCUGAGGCGCGAUGGUUUCGUGGAGCACCCCGCUGGACUGUCUUCCCUUAUGUUCGGUUUCGCUGCUCUAGUCAUCCACAGCGUAUUCAGAACUUCGCACACGGACGUCAACAUCAACGAGACCUCCUCGUACGUUGAUUUGUCUCCGCUCUACGGGCACAACCAGGAGGCGCAAGACAAAGUGCGCAACAAAGAUGGCCGAGGGAUGUUAUACCCCGAUGUCUUCGCUGAGGACCGUCUGCUGCUUCUCCCCCCAGCGGUUUGCGCGAUCUUGGUGUUGUUCAGUCGGAAUCACAAUUAUAUCGUCGAACGCAUCUACGAGAUCAACGAACGUGGAACAUAUCAAGAUCCCAGUACGCUCUCGGGUGACAAGCUCCUCGCACAGGACGAAGAGUUGUUCCAAACCGGACGCUUGGUUAAUUGUGGAUGGUUUGGGUCUGGCAAGUGGUCUCUCGAUCUGCUUCUUCGCUUCUUACCCCAUGACCAGUGGUGUUCUCGGACUACUUCUCCUCGAUCUUGGGGUUGCUCCGAGACGGAAGCAGUUGGAGUCUGAACCCCUUUGGCGAAAUGCGGUCCCCUGACCAUUCCAUCUUUGAACGUGGGCAGGGCAAUGUUUGCAGUGUCGAGUUCAACUGCUUAUACCGCUGGCAUGCGACGACAUCCAAAGCAGAUGAGGAGUGGGUUACGGAAGUGUUCAGGGAGGUUUUCGAUGGAAAGGACCCGGAGAAGGUCACGCCUGCUGAUUUCAAGGCUGCGGCGUACAAAGUGCAAAAAAUGCAGCCGGACAUCCAGCAUUGGACCUUUGGGAGACUAGAGCGCCAGGCCAAUGGCACUUUCAAGGACUCGGAUCUUGCCGGCAUCCUGCAUAACGCGACGGAGAACCCGGCUGCUGCUUUCAGAGCUCGGGGCACUCCACCAUCCAUGAGGUUGCAUGAGAUGAUGGGGAUUGAACAGAACCGGCGCUGGGGUGUCUGUAGUCUGAAUGAUUUCCGAAGGUACCUGGGCCUGAAGCCAUAUGCGACGUUCCUCGAAUGGAACCCGGACCCUAUCAUUGCCGACGCUGCGGAGAAGCUUUACGGCAACAUCGAGUCCCUCGAGCUGUACGUCGGAUUGCAAGCGGAGGAGGUUAAGCCUGUCGUGGACGGUGCCGGACUUUGCCCUGGUUACACCAUCAGUCGUGCGAUCCUCAGUGACGCCAUUGCCUUGACUCGCGGAGAUCGACACUUCACGCAGGACUACACGCCCUACAAUCUGACUGCCUGGGGCUUCGCAGACUGCCAGCGAGAUCCCGAUGCGUUCGGUUUCGGAAGCACUCUUGGACGGCUUUUCCUCCGCACACUUCCGAACAGUUUUACGGAGAACAGCGUAUACACCUUCUUCCCGUUGAUGACCCCCGGUGCCAUGAAGACCAACCUGACCAAGCUGCAUCUCGUCCAAGACUAUGACCUCACUCGGCCGCAGGACAUCGCUCCUCCAGUGUCGAUCCAGAACUACAACCAAAUUGCGGAGAUCAUGCAAAAUGGCAAAUUGGUUGCUCCCUAUGCGGAACGAGCCGCCAAGGUCGUCAAGGGCAAGGGUUUCUUCAUUGCCGAGGGUGAUGCUGAGCAAAAAGAAAUCUACACCAAGCUCUUCAACUACCCUGAGACCGAGAACAAGAUCGGCGCGUUCUUCCGUGAGAAGGCUGGGAGCUUGAUUGCAGAGCACUCGUUCACCCUUGUGGGCGGCAAGACCGCUGUAGUCGACGUCGUUCGGGACGUGCUCAAGGUCCUUCCUGUGUACUGGGCAGCAGAUAUCUCUGGCCUCACUCUCAAGACCAAAGAAACUCCGCACGGGGACUAUUCUCCCGCGGAUCUGUACGACAUGCUGAGUGAUAUCUAUUCUUACAUCUUCUUGGAUGGCGAAAAGGCCAAGAGCAUGAACUUGCGCACCCAAGUGCAGGGGCACAUCGAUGGCCUGCUGUCGCACAUCAAGUCCCAUCUUGGCUUGAGCUCCCGGCUUUCUGUCGUCGAGUCUCUGUUUACGAAGAAGAAGAACGAGCCGGAGCAGCACGAGAUCGUCAAGCGCCUGCGUGAGAUGGGCCAUGGAUCUGAGGCUGCCACCAUCAUCCUUGCUCUGAUGGUCGGAUCGACGGCGGAGCUUUCUUUGGGUGUGUCGAACUGGCUUUCUGAUAUUCAGUCGUUCAUUCGUCAGGCCUCGUCAACAUGAUCAAUACGUUCCUCGACACGGAUGCUGACGCGAAGGUCCGCUCUGCGGUAGCGUCCAAGAGCGAUCUGGACGGUUUCGUUCAUGAAUCCCAGCGACUCGAUCCUCCAUUCCAGGGAGUCUACCGCACUGCUACCGACGAUGUGACAGUUGGGGGAACCAAGUUUAGCAAAGGCACCCGCAUCUUCCUGGACGUCGGGGAUGCCAGUCUCGACACGAGUGUCUUCCCAGAGCCAACGGUCAUUGAUCCGAGUCGCCACCCGGAAGCAGGCUACAUCCAUCCAGAUGGAGCCUUCAAGUACCUGGGCGAGAAACUGACUUUGCGGAUCAUGUCCGAAGUUUUGCGCUCGGUUUACUCUUUGAAGAAUGUCGCCCGCGCGCCGGGUCAAUCUGGCAAGCUCAAGAGGUCCGAUUGCAUGUACAGGGCCCAUGUGAUGCGAUGGCUCAAUGUUCUCUUUCAGAUUCAAGGACGGAUCGCGCCCAGAUUUGCGCUACGGAUAUCUUGAUGAUGCGAUGUUUGUUUGUCCCUGGCCCACAAGCAUGGCCAUCCAGGUGGGCUAAUCGCUUGUGCCAAUCACGCUGUGCUGAUUUGCCGUCCAUCUCAAGUACGAUGUUUGAGCGAGGAAA